UAUAGGUUGCGUCAAGCAACUGCACAUUCGUAGUUCAUCCUUAGUAACGAGUACAGCUUUAGACAUGAAGCUGGUUAUAUUUCUAUCAGUGAUCGCUUGUGGGUAUGGAGAUAAGUUGGAUAGAACCUACUUGCCUCCAGCAAGUGCUGCAACUGCUGGCGGAAGCCCUGGAUCCUUGACGGCUCCUGGAUCUCCAGGCUUCAACCAAAACUUACAAGGACAAUCUGCGUUUGGUCCUAUUUCUUCUGGGAUUGAUUCGUCUAGAACACCUGGUUUUGGCUCAGCUUCGGCUGCAUUUAAUGGACAGGCUGAAUUACCUGCCAUAAACCAACCUUCCAGUACUAGAUAUACGCAACCAUCGGGAUUAGCUUCAAAUCCUUCAGGCUCGAUUAAUGCUGGCUUAAACAAUCUACCAUCAACUCAAUUUGGAGACACUGGAUUGAACAAGCUGAACGGGCCUGUUCAGGCACCAGCUUCAAAUGGAUUUGGCUCUGGCACGAUUGGGCAACAGCUAUCUAGCGCUUACUCGCAACCGCAGCAGGGAUCUACCCAAUCAUUUGGAACUACUCCUGGAUUUGGUUCCAGCUCGAUUGGAACACAGUCAUCCCAAUUUACCCAGCAACCAGGAAACAUUCAAGCUUUUGGCCAAAGUGCUUCCCUAGCACCUCAAUCUUUCCAGCCAGAAAGAGCUCAAGCAGCUGCAGACCGAAACGCUGAGAUAUUAAGAUAUGAUAAUGAAAUUGAUGGAGAUAGAUUUGCGUAUAGCUUUGAAACAUCCAAUGGUAUAUCUGCUGAAGAAUCAGGCGUGGCAGCAGGUGGUGUUAAAGCUCAAGGACAAUUUUCUUAUACUGGUGAUGAUGGCAAUGCUUAUUCUAUUACUUACACUGCUGAUGAAAACGGAUACCGUCCCCAGGGAAACCAUUUACCUACAUCUCCCCCGAUCCCUGAGGAAAUAUUGAAAUCGAUAGAAAUUAAUGCUCAAGCUGCAGCAGCUGGUACCCAAGAAGGUGCUUACCGACCAGAAGAAUAUGAAUCUGAUGGAGGUCUUCAAGGCACAUAUAACACUGGUGCCCCAACUUAUAAUCAACAGUUACAAGCAAACGGAGACGGAUCAAAUCCAAACUUAUCAGCUGCCAAUGACAGACCAUUAAUCCAAAAUAUAGGACAAGGUAAUAAUUAUCAGAGCAGACCUGAAAUUAAUAAUUCACAAAAUGGUCUUCAAGUACAGUCAGGAGAGUAUAAUUUGCCUUCUGGAAAUAAAGCUACUACCAAUGAGCAAGGUGUUGAUUACACACAAGGGCAGAGAGAUAUAAAUUUGGGUCUUGGUUUACAAAGAAAAGGUCAACAAUCAUCUGGCUAUCAAUACAACAGCCCAAAUAAUGGAGUAUCACGCCCUAAUAGGCCACAAGCUCAAAGUGCUCUCGCACAAAGUCAACCACAAUUUGGAUCCAACUCACUAUCUGGAUCUUUCCAAGGACCUACUGGCCAGCAGCCAAUUUCUUCAACAAAUGGAUUUUCUUCUAACAGAGUAAAUACUCCCUCCCCCUCUAAUUAUCAGCCAGACAAUCUUUCUUCAGGCUUUGAUAGCUCUAAACUGUCUCCAGAAAAUUUAUCUAAUUCCGUAAAUGCUCCCAAUGGUGGCUACAAUUACGAACGUGGAUCUUCAAACUAUCAGAUCAGCUCAGGAAGACCCAAUUCACAGCAACAAAAUUCAUUCAAUCGUAUUCAAAGUCAGCCAAGUUUUUCAGGAUCCCAAAAUCAACAAGGUUCUGCCAAUCAGGUCAAACCUAGCUCACAGUACCAACCUAGUUCCGCGAAUCAAGCUAAACCUAGCCCACAGUACCAACCUAACUCCGCGAAUCAGGUUGCGCCUGGCUCACAAUACCAAUUGAGUACUGCUAAUCAGAUCACACCCAGCUCCCUUUACCAGCCCAGUUCCACCAAUCAGGUUACACCAAACUCUCAGUACCAACCAACUUCCACCAAUCAAAUUACAUCGGGCUCUCAGUACCAACCUAGUUCUGCUAAUCAGAUUUCAUCUGGCAGUCAGUACCAACCAGGUUUGUCUGUUCAACUUCAAUCUAGCUCACCCAAUCGUGGCCAAUCUGGUCUGCAACAAGGUUCACAGUAUCAAACAAACCCCAACCAAGGCCAGUUCCGCCCAAGCUCGCAAGGUCAAGCUACAACUUCUGGAAUAGGUCAAAAUGGAGCUUCAGCGAAUGUUUCUCCAUAUCAAUACAAUAGACCAACGCAAGGUCUUCCUCAAGGGCAAGGACAGCAGCAAACACCCAUCAAUCAACUGAAAAACCCUGAUCAGAAUCAAGCUCGACCUGAAUUCGGCGGACCUCGUCAGCCACCAAGCUUCAAUUCUGAAGAAGGCUACAAAUAUUAAUGACUAAAUAACCGACAAUGAGAUAUCAUGGAAUAUAUUGUAUUGAUAUAGACAACAGAAGCACGCUAAAAAUACAAAAAUAAUGAAUAAUAGUGUUUUGUACAUAUUUUUCUGUAAAAUAACGUUAGUUAUAUUUGUAUUCAUCGCAUUUUUUAAGA